AUGAUGAUUAGACAUGGAUAGAGGGCUGAUAGGCAUCCUGAAUACAAAGUUCACAUCCAGGUUUGGGUUGAUGCUCCACUUACACCUCUUGGCUUAUAAUAAGCUAAAGAGACAGGCUAAUUUUUGAAAGAAUACAUUAAUGCAAAUAACUUCGAGGAGGUUAUUUUGGAAUCUAGUCCUUGGUUGAGAGUUAUGAUGACAGCAGCAUAAAUAGCAAAGGAACUCGGGAUGAAUAAAUUUAACGUAAGCUACAAUUACCGAGAGUUAAUGACACCUUAAUGUUUUGAUUACGAAGACCCAAUGCCUCAGUUGCUGUUUGUCAAUAAGACUAUGGAUUAUAUAUCUUAAAAAUAUUUAGAGGGGAUUCAAUAUGUAGAAACAGAUGAUUCAAAAGUAAUGGAUAAGAGCUGCAUGUAUCCUGAGACAGAGGAUGAAGCUUUUCAUAGAAUUAAGGUUUUGUAGAAAUAACUUGCUAAACAUCAUAAGAAAUCUGAUAAAAAAGUAUUGCAUUUGAUUUUAACUCAUUACCAUCCAGUUUAUAUUCUGAGUAAGAUAAAUAGAGGAAGAAACAAUAAUUUCUCAUAUUGCUGCAAAUCAAGUAUAAAAAUUUAGGAUGGUGUGGUUAAGAGGCUUAACUUUGACAUUGAUGAUUCACAUGAAAUCACUUAAGAAUAUCAACCAUGCUAAAUAAUUAUGAUAAGGCAUGGAGAAAGAGCUGAUAAGCAUCCAGAACGCAAUGUAGAAAUUGAAGAAAUUGUUGAUGCUCCAUUGACUCCAAUUGGAAUAUAGCAAGCAUAUGAGACUGGCUUAUUUAUGAAAUAAUAUAUAAACGAGCAUCAAUUUGAAGAAGUUAUUCUUGAGUCAAGUCCUUUUCUUAGAGUAAUGAUGACUGCUUCUUAAAUAGCUAAACAAUUAGAUAAGGAUAGAAUCAAUGUUAACUAUGACUUCAGAGAGUGGUGUGAUGGAGAAUACUAUUCUAAUGAAAAUCCUUUGCCUAAACUUUUAAUAAGAAGAAAAGAUCAUGCUGAUUUAGAGCAGCAAUUUCUUGAAGGUGUUAAAAUUGAUGAAGUUAUAAGUCCAGAUCAAUUAAAUCCUGAUCAAUUGUUUCCUGAGCCAGAUACCCUUGUAGAAAAAAGAGUAAGAGAUCUCACUGAGAAACUAACUUUAAAAUAUGCUGAAUCAUAGAAGAAGGUGUGCCACAUUAUAGUUACUCACGGUCAUUUAGUCAAACUUAUGGCCUUAGCUAAUGGAGGUCAAGAACAAAGAUAUAUUUAUUGCUCGAAAACUGCUCUUGAAGUACAUAAUGGAAAAAUUAAAAGUCUUUUAUUUGAUAGUGAUGAUAGUCAUGUUAUUACAAAGUAUUGA